GUUGACGCCUUUGCCUCCUCGCUCUGACGGCCCUUGACAUUUUUACGGUUCUCGGCGGUUCGUAGCAUCAGCCACCUUCCGAGUGUCGUGAAGCCGUGCGAAGAAAAUGCUCAAGCCACGGGCGCUGACUCAAGUAUUGUCGCAGGCCAACACAAGUGGCGUGCUUUGCACCUUGCUGCUGAACCGCGAGGGCACCCUGCUGGCCUACUCUGGUUACGCAGACAAGGACGCCAAGAUGACGGCAGCCAUUGCCAGCAGUAUUUGGCUCGCCAACGAAAAGAACGCACAUGCUGCCAUCAAUGAGGGGCAGCUCCGGCUCGUCAUUGUCGAGUGCGAGCAGGAUGGCCAGGUGGCCAUCACCCAGGUUGCCAACCUGCUUCUGUGCCUACAUGCCAAGACCAGCGUGGGACAGGGUCUGCUCAGGGCCAAGGCGCGCGCCCUUGUCGAGUACCUCGAGGGCCCCCUGCUCCAAGUUGCCGUCUCAUAGCCAAAAAGAGCCAUCCUGAGUCUUUGCCUGUCAACAAUGAAGUAGGCCCCUUGUGUAGAGAACUUUUCACAUUGUGUGACUGUCAAAUUUAGGUUGGUUGCCGGGGCAAUGGAGGAGAGUGAGCCAUUGUUUCAUAGUACGAAGAUAGAAGACAUGAGAACUUGUUCAGAAGGCACAGUGAUAGCUGUGAAAGAAGGCGGGUGUAGUUCCACUGCUUCAUCACAAUUCAUUUUUCAACGGUGCUAAAAGCAGAUGGAAUGCAGGGAGGUUGCAGACGAAGCAAACACCCAUCCCCUGUGCAUCUUCUGCAGCAUCUCCUCUGUUUCUACCACUAUUAAAUCGUAAAUUGCAGUGCUUAUGAAGCUGGAUUCACAUGACGAAUCAAAUUGUUCAUUCAGAUCGCAGAUGAGUGUGAAGUGGCUGAACUGCAACAAGUUGCAGUGCUAGCAGUUCUUGUGUGAACUGCUAGCAAGUCAGUUCGUCAUGUGAAUCCAAGUUAACUAUCUAGCCAACUAUCUGCUUGAUUUCAAUGCUAAAACACAGGGAAUGAUAUGCCAUGAUGGUUUACAUAAAUUUUGUCUUUUCCUUGCCACAGAACACAGGAGACAAGUCACUCAACUCUUUUACUUUUGCAUAAAAUUGUUUCUAUCUACAUAUGGUGUGCUUGUGUAUGUCUGUUCCUAAAGGAAGUCAUAUUUCUUUUCUGAACCAUAUAUCACUCAGCUUGAGGCAGUUCAACGUUAGGUUAAAUGAAAUGAAAAUGUGUCGUCCCCAAAGGUUUCAGUUGACUGUAGAUGCUCUGCAUGAUCUUGUCUUCAUCAUGUCGGAUUCCAACUCAUCCUGUCAGCUAUGAAUUAUUUGUUCUGAGAGAGAAAAGUGACAAGUUGGCUCAGUACAUAAGUGUUAAGCCAGGUUAUCGGUAAGUUGCCUUUGGAAUAUCAGAGGUCGGCCAUAUCGUGAGCUGAUGCUUGGUAAGCUAGAAAUGAUAUGAAAUAAGAGACGUAGAGACACCAUCUGCUAAUUCUUUUACCAGCCCCUGCCCAUUCAUGACAUUGCAGAUUACUAUGGCAUUUGCUUUGGCCUAGGUACUACCUUACUGAACAAUGAAAAUGGCAUUGUGUUUGGAAAUAGCACAGACUGGACUUUGUAGUUUGAGGAAGCCUUUAUUGCACCAAAGCAGCCAGAAAAUGCAAAUAUACAUAUUGAGAAAUUUGUCAUGUCACAGUGAGGCCGCGGGACAUGAUUUUGGCAUACAUCUCAAAAACGGGAGUGUCCUUACUUCCGCUAAUAAUGAACCCUUCACAGCCAAACGAAAGUUCAGCCUCGAUAUAAUGAAGUUGGGAAAAUUGUUUCAUUACAUUGAAGUACCAUAGAUCUUUGUGUAGGAGCAACAAGUGGGGUGCAUCCUGCAGAAAAAUGUGUGCAUCAUUCAACCACUUGACAACUGGAGAUUUCUCUGCAACAGUUGAAAUUUUGUUGCAUCUAACUUCCAGAUAUAAAUACAUUUUAUUGUUUGAGGCUAAAUAUACAUGGUCUUCUAUGGACAGUACAAUUCAUUAUGUUGAAGAUUCCGUUACAUUAAAGUUUAACUGUACAAUUUUCUGAGUGCUUUAGCAGUCUAACCUGAUGUAGUGUUUUGCCUUGGUGUUCCUGGAUCUAGAAGAUAGGCUAGCAUUAGGGUGAGGUUGUCUAGAAACCAAAACAAAGAGCAGGGCAUAAUGGUAGUGUCAUGCCUUUGUUACAACAAAACAUCAGACUCAAAAAUAUGUUUUUAUAUCCAAUAUUUGUUAUGGGGAUGUAUUAGUUUCAAGUUAAUAUUAGCAAGAAACAGUUUAAGCUUACUGCAUUAUAUUCAGGUUGGACUGUACUGCUGUUGCAUGGGAACUCUCAAGCACGCUUGAGUCUUUUCAAAUCAAAACUUGAUUCUAACCGAUCGCUGUGACAUGCCACUUUCUAUCAUGCUUCGCUUGACGCUGCUGUGCCCACACCCACUUCAGGCUUCAAUCGCACUGAAAAAGUUCAACGCAGAUCAACUUCAGUGAGAAUCAAAGGUGGCCACGGGGCAGGCAUUUCAGUUUCAGUGGCGUGAUGCGCAGAAUAGUGUGCCCAUACUUUAGAGAUGUUUGUGUGUUGCUGUCUCUGCAACACCUGCAUUUAAGGACUUCUCUGUGCAUGUUUCAACUUUUACAAAAUGACGGCCCUGUUGAGGAUGUUUCUAUCUAAACCAAAGACAAUGAAGCCAGAAAGCUUAGAAGCUUGUGGUUGCAUGUGGCAAUUCAGUCAUCCAGCGGGCUGGCAUAUUUGUCAUGCUCUUUGAAUGAAUGCGUAUUCGAAAGUAAUUUGUGGAAGCAGUUAGAAAUGAAAUGAAGAUGUGUAGGAAAUGAUUAAGUAAGGAAAACAGAAUCGCGUGGAAAGUGCAAUAGCAUAGAAUAGUACCCUCUUUGUGUGUGUGGCUGAACAUGAAAGUUGUGGGUUCCCGAGAAUGUAUGUUUCUGAUCAGUCACAUACUUGCUGCUGUCGGAUGAGCUUAGAAGAGGUCACUGUUCCAGGCAGGUGGAGAUGGUGGCCUGUUUGUACACCUAUUUUAAAUUUGGCAAUACAGGCUAGAACAUUAUGUUUCUUAAAUUCUGUUACAGCAUCUCGCCACGAUUGCUGUCAUUUGCAAUCCACUUAGCAGUUUUAUGGUUGGUCGAAGAGGUAGUUCAGUCACUAAGCCUUUUUGAUGUGCCUGCCUUGUGCACAGUACAGGAAGGUUUGCUCAUUGUUUACAACGGCGUUUUGUGUUCAGCCCGUCAAACAUAUCUCUUUAGUCCUCCAAAAUGCUGCGCCAGGUCCUUUGAAGUCCUUGCGAAUUCUUGACUUUUUUGCACAAUAUACUGCUACAAACCCUGCGGUAACUGCAACACCAGAUUUCACAUCCAUCAUCUUGCUAUUGAAUUCCACAUCUGAGGUGCCUUGAUGCGACACUCAUGCUUUGGCAUCCCGCACUAGAAGUACUAAUGCCUAAUACCCAAUGGAUAGAGAGCGCAACCUUGCAAGUGUUUUGCCUGAACACAAGACUGCUGCUGGAAUGCUGUCCAUCGGUGCCCCAAAGAAGGGAGCAACCUCAAAUUACUGCCACGGACAGGCACGCUUGCGAGGUUGCAUGUGGCUGCCACUGAGUGUGUACAGGAGUGUUUUGUUGAAGCAAGAUGUUGCUUUGCAUGUUAGGAAUAAAGUUUACAUUGUCUUGA